GAAAAUCUUCCAACUUUGAGAAAACACACCAACCAACGACCAACUGUGGCCCGGUGCGCGAUUAAUAGAUAGUUGCAACAACAACAUCCCCAACGUCAACGACGACGACGACGAAAAGCCAUCACACAACAAUAACAAAAUACAGAGUAGCUUAUACGAAACGACCGCACAAACACACGCAUAUAUAUUCGUACAUACGACUACAUCAGCAUACACACAAACGUACACCGAGUUUUAUAUAUAGAAAAUUUACGCACAGCUGAAAAAUUUCCUUUUGGUGAAACAGUGAAUUUCGGUGCGGUUUUCCUUCAUAAGUUCACGUAUCGAUGAGAUUUUUCAUUGUGAAUUUUUGGUAGUGGAAAAAGUGUUGAAAAUCUUGUAAUUGUGCAACAAGAGCCACAAUGAAAUUUAUUACAACAAAGUGAAUUGUGUUCUAAACAAAUAAACACAAAAUCUGGGCAUGUCAAAGUUUAAAUGUAGCUGCUGCUAUAAUCGUUCGUUCGUCGCGUCAACACUUCCAUUUUCGGGACUCCACCCAGUUUUGUGGUCACCGAAAUAAUAUACAAAAUACGUAGUUCUAAGAAGAAGAAGAAGCAGCAGCAGUACUUAGAACAAGCAAUCACAUUGCGUCUAGCCAAAUAGGCUAAUGAGGCCAUAAAUACAUAUGUACAGAUGCAAAUAUAUUUGUGCCAGUGGGUGUGUGCGCGAUCUAAGUAGUUAAUAAGCUUGAUUGCAGAUUGAAAGCAGAUCUUUAAGAAACCAGUAAAUAUUUUGUUGUAGUAAUUCUUGGUCGAAAAGUGUAUAUCAAUAGUGUCGUGUGUUUGAACUUGUGUAGCCGCGCCGUUUGCGACGCCCGCAACGCUCGAAAUAGCAGGGAAAAUGCUAGAAAAAUGCCCAAGAUGCUCACAUGCGACAAGUUGAUGACACAUUUUACUGUCAUUGUGACCGCAUUCCUGCUACUUCAUUGCAUUGGGUUUUCACCGUUUACGCCGCAGACGUUGCGCGCCGUUGAGGCCACUCCCGAGGAUGAAGCCAUUGGCAAAUGGGCGAUGCAAUUUGGCGAUGAAUUGUGGGAAUUAGCGCAACGUAUGACCAAAUCGCAAGAGAUUAAGGCCAAAUACAAAGAAUACAAUGCUCGCGUGGAAUUGAAAAAUGGCACCGAACUCAUCAAAUCCAUCACAGUGAACGUGGGGCGCAUGUUUUCGCGUAAAAUGGAUGCGGUACGUUGCAUUCAACAGAAAGCCGAGGCGGUCAACGAAGAAUUUGAAUUUAAUUAUACAAACGCAGUGGAAACGUUCAAGUACUACUCAAGCAAAUUCUCGAUGUUCGAGGGCAAAAUAGCAGAGAAUUUGCCGAAAGAGAUUGAGAUUCCUUCCUGGAAGUAUUUGAAUUUCACGCUAAAUCCGGAUACGCACUUUUAUAAUAUAUCUGUAGAUACAGAGCAUAGUUCCGUCCAUGUACCGUCUAACAUAUAUGAUGGCCUCUACGAGGUGCUCAAGACAAUUAUGUGGUCUGAGAUUCUGGAUGAGGUCUUUCGGCAAAACUAUCAAUCAGAUCCCGCAUUGUCGUGGCAAUAUUUCGGUUCCGAUACUGGCAUACUUCGGCAUUAUCCCGGCUUACAAUGGCAAAGUCUUAGCAACAGUGAGGAUGCCGACACCUAUGAUUGCCGCAAACGUUCGUGGUAUAUUGAAACGGCCACCUGUUCCAAGGAUAUUGUUAUACUAUUGGACAAUUCUGGUUCGAUGAGCGGUUUCCGCAACCAUGUUGCCAAAUUCACUAUACGCAGUAUUUUGGACACUUUCUCGAAUAAUGAUUUUUUUACGAUCUACAACUACUCCGCCACGGUAUCUGAUAUAAUACCAUGUUUCGAAGGUGCGCUGGUACAGGCGACACCAGAGAACAUCAACGUAUUUAAUGAUGCCAUAGAGAAGAUACGCCCCGAAGGCUAUGCGAAUCUAUCGCUGGCUUAUGAGAAAGCCUUCCAGCUAUUGCAAAAGUACUAUAUCCGACGUCGCUGCAACGAAACUUCCACUUGUAAUCAGGCUAUCAUGGUCGUCACCGAUGGCGUCGCUGGUAAUACCACCGAAAUUUUCGAAAAAUACAAUUGGGGUAAUGGCGAGAAUGGCACCAUGAAUAUGAACAUACGAAUUUUUACCUAUUUGCUGGGGAAGGAGGUGACCAAAGUGCGUGAGAUACAAUGGAUGGCCUGCCUAAAUCGCGGCUACUAUUCGCACGUACAAACAUUGGAUGAGGUGCAUGAGGAAGUGCUGAAGUAUGUUGAUGUUAUAGCCACGCCGCUAGUGCUGCAAAAUGAAGAACACCCACCGACAUGGACGCAUUCUUUUACAGAUCGAACGUACGAGCCACGUGAAAACGACACUGGUACACGUCUAAUGAUCGCCGUGGGCGUGCCUGCCUUCGAUCGUUCCUACCGCAAAGAAAACUCUACGAAACGUGCACGUCUACUCGGGGUGGCAGGUACGGAUGUGCCGGUGGAGGAUAUCGAUAAACUGACGCUGCCUUACAAGUUGGGCGUAAAUGGCUAUUCAUUUGUGGUCUCCAACAAUGGUUACAUGCUACUACAUCCAGACUUGCGUCCGAUUUCCAAAUCCGGAGAACUCAAUCCCAAUUACAACAGCAUAGAUUUCACAGAAGUGGAACAUCUUUACGAAGACUUGCAGCCACGUGAACCGGGCGAGUCCAUACUUCAACUACGUAACGCCAUGGUGCAAUAUGAAUCUGGCGAAUUCAAAGACAUAAGCGUUAAGUUUCAUUACGAUAAUAUGCGUCGAGUAUCCGAGGAGAAGCAGGACUACUUUUUUGCGCCUCUACCGAAUACACCAUUUUCGCUGGGUAUUGUGUUACCUAGUGAGUAUGGCAAAACAUGGAUUAAGGUGGGCGAGGAGGUGUUGAAGAACAAGCACAUGAAGGUGAAUAUUUCGGACUAUUUUGUGGGUGAAAACUGGAAGGUACAUCCCGGUUGGGUUUUUUGCAAAUACCAUUACCUAGAAGGACAUGAAUUCAAAACACCUGAAGAAGAGUUACGUCACUUUCUUGCCAAGAUGAUGCAAGACGAUUGGAAGUGGUCUGAGCAGUAUGAGGAGGACGACUCAGAUCAUGAUGACAACGAUGAGAUAAAUUGUGGCCGCAUCACACUCGACGAUGAUGCCUACUAUUGCAACAAGGAGCUGGUGCACCUGCUCAUCUUCGACGCCAAAGUUACAAAUUCCAGUUAUGGCCAAUGGAAAUUCGCCAACAACGAGGAGCGCAAUUUGAUCGAGAGUUUUGGCGCCACACUACGCUUUGUCGCCACGAUGAGCGGCUUGACUCGUUGGCAGUUUAUUUACGGUGAGGUGGAAGUGGAAAAUGAUCGAGAAUUCGGUGAUUACCAUACAACAGCCAUUGAUGAGACUUGGUACAAGAGCGCGAUAUUGCAACAUCAUCAAGAGCGCACCGAAAGUUUUGUUUACAUGGUGAAGCAUGCCAGUGAUCCGGCUGAGGAUAGCGAAUUGAUGGUGACCGCUUCGCAUGCUAUAUUUCCACGUGAUGGUGGUAAGGAGGCGCCCGCUUGUGUGGUCGGUUUUCAGUUCUCCCAUGCGCGAAUGAUGGACCGUUUCUUCAAUAUAACUUCAGUAGAUAAUUGCCAUGGCUGCAUAAAGACCUGUUUGAGCGAUGAAAUCGAGUGCUACGUCAUAGACAAUAAUGCGUACAUUGUGAUCGCGCAAAACGUCAAUCAUACUGGCAAAUUUUUUGGCGAAUAUCAAGGCGAUGUUAUGCAAGCAAUGGUGGAUAAGAACUUUUUCCAAGCCAUUAAUGUUUACGAUUAUCAAGCACUGUGCCGCGAGGAUAUGGACGAUUCCAGUGAUGCGCAAUCGCUUUUGCAUCCAAUUAGACUAUUUAGCUUGGGCUGGCGUUGGUUGGUAGCACAGCUCUUCUGGCAGUAUGCGCGCAUCAAAUGGUGGGUAGAUGCAGCACCAUUCUUGGAGUACUCCGAUGAAAUCGACGAUGAUUAUGAAGCCGUCCCUGAUGCAUUUUCGCGUCAGCCGCAGAAACCCAAAGAUAUCAGCGAUGAUGGCAAAUUGUUAUUUGAGAAGAAGAAACCCGAACCGGUGUAUACACCUUGCGAUACGGGUUCAACACUUUACGUUUUGCAGCCGAAUUCACUCGAGGAUAUAAACGACUAUAUAAAAGUGCCAUAUUCACGUCCGUUUUAUUUAAAGAAAAUACCGAACACCAAUCUUUUGUUGGUGGUGGUAAAUGUUUUGAUGCCAUCGAAAGGUAUACGCCUGAGCACAGAGCCGCAACGUCUAGAAUAUGCUAAGGAAUUUCCAUGCUACAAAUUUAAUAUGAGCUUUUACGAGCGAAGGCGUUUAGAGGAAUGCUUUACGCAGCACCCAGAGGAGGAAAAAUAUACAUAUUGCGGCGACGCGGCAGCCCUGCGUUUGGACAUUGUAAAUUUAUUGAUAACCAUAUUUAUAUUUUUAAUAACGCGCUAUUUACGCACUUAAAUGUUUGUAAAAAGUUUUUUUUUAACUAUCGAACGAGGGUAUGUAUGUAAAUACAAUUUUUUAAAGAGCUCUAGCUGCAAUAACUAAGAAACACCCUAAACACGAAAAAUUGUAAAAUUAUGUCACAAAUAAUUCAGCACAAUCCUCUUUACUGUAUUGACUAUAAAUGCUCCUAGCGUUCUCUCUUAUGUGAAAUACCAUGUAGACUUAAACGGAAACGCCAAAAAUUACUGAACAAAAUAAUUGAAAAGAAAAACUUAAGACAAAAACC